GUGACCUUUGCCUUUUGACGGGAACGACUCGAGACUGCGCACUACCAUCGUGGGGAGUUAAUGUGACGUAGGAGGAGAAAUAAAUAUUGUGGAUUUCGUUAACUCGUAUUGUUUUAUACGGUAUCUUUGACUAUUUUAGACUUCUUUGAUUACUGCGGCCAUGCGGCGGAGUAAGGCUGAAGUGGACCGUUACGUUUUCUCUGUACAGAGUUCCUCUCCUUCACUCAAAGAGAAGCCAGUUAAGGGGUUUUUAUUUGCCAAGUUGUACUUUGAGGCAAAAGAAUAUGAGCUUGCAAAAAGGCAUGUAUCAGAUUAUCUCAAAGUACAGGAAAGGGAUCCCAAAGCACACAAAUUCCUCGGACAGCUCUAUGAGCGAGAUGGAGACAUCAGCAAAGCAGUAGGAUGUUACAAGCGCUCAGUGGACUUGAACCCAGUGCAGAAGGACCUGGUGUUAAAGGUAGCCGAGUUACUUGUAAAGAAACAUGAAUGUGACAGCAGAGCAGAGUUUUGGGUGGAGAAAGCUGCAAAACUCAUGCCUGGACACCCAGCAAUCUACAACCUAAAGGAGUCUCUGUUGAGUCGUCAGGGCCAGCAGGGCUGGAACCAGUUGUUCGACCUCCUCCAGGCUGAGCUGGCAGCACGGCCAGCUGAUGCUCAUGUGAAUGUGAAGAUGGUUCAGCUGUUCUGUCAAGAUGGUCGGCUUGAUGAGGCUGUUAAACAUUGCCUGGCUGCUGAGAAAAGGGGCCUGCUGCGCAACAGUCUGGACUGGUACACCGUGGUGUUGACCACUCUGCAGGAAUAUCUGGAUCAACCCAGUGUUUCCAGUACUGAGAAGAUGUAUCGGCAUCUCCAGAGAGAAAUGUUGUUGACACGCUGCAGCCUGCUGAGGAUUACACUGUCUGGAAGCGGAGUGCAGCCGAGCCUGGAGGCAUUCAGGGGUUUUGACCAAGCAAUGCAAGAGCUGAGCAGCAUUGCCAGUCGCCAUGCAGAUGAACUUUCUGAGGUGUUUGUGGAGAUGAAAGGUCACCUGUACCUGCAUGCCGCAACAUUGCUGUUGAAACUGGUGCAGGACCGCCAACAAACCUGGAGGGCUGUUGUUGACCUGGUGGUGCUGUGCUACCUGCUAGCUUGUCAGGUUCCCAGACCAAAGCCAAAAAUGACCAAAAGAGAUCCAUCAGCGCCGCAGCUUCUGGAGCUACUGGCCAGUGACCGACAGAGUCAGGCUGGGCACAUGUUGUUUAAUCUGGGCACUGAUUUAUCUGCUCUAAUCAGAGAGGUGGUGGAGACCUUUGGGAAUCGCAGUGGUCAGGAGUCUCUGUUUGAACUCCUCUGGGGUCCGCAAGCCUCCAUCACUUCCUCUUUUAUAGCCAAUGAUGACAUUCACUCUGUCUGUGCUUUGGCUCCAGAGCUCUCCCAACUGGCCAAGUGGGACGCUGCCUCCAUCUUGUUGCACAGUGGAGAACUGCAGCAUCUUAGCUGGUUGGGGCUGCAGUGGACUCUUUUGGGCCAAAGGCCGCUGAUGAGGGACUGGCUACAGCAGCUUUUCCCAAGACUUACUCUGGAAACAUCAAAGCUAGACACCAACGCACCAGAGUCCAUCUGCCUGCUGGAUCUUGAGGUGUUUUUAUACGGAGUGGUGUUCUGCAGCAACUGUCAGCUUCAGGAAACGGCAAAGAUCAGCAGUGGGACGAGUCCACAACAGCAGAAGCAGCUCUUCGAGCCGCGCUGCCUCCCUCUUCCCCUCCUUCGUCUCCUGAGCACCGACAGACAGAGGGAGUGGUGGGAUGCCAUCUACAGCCUCAUUCACAAAAGAGCCAAUCCAGGCACCUCAGCAAAGCUGCGGAUGAUUGUACAGCAUGGACUGAAUAUUCUGAGGGCUGGAGAGAAACAUGGGCUACAACCAGCACUUGUCAUCCAUUGGGCUCGGACUCUCAGUCAGACGGGGGAUGGAAUGAACUCGUACUAUGACCAGAAGGAGUACAUCGGCCGCAGCAUCCACUACUGGAGGGUUGUUCUGCCAAUUUUGGAGAAAAUUAGAAACAGAAGGAGCAUCCCGGAGCCCCUUGACCCCCUCUUUUUGCAUUUUCACUCCAAGGAUAUUCUGAUUUCUGCUGUGAAAGGUUUAGAAGAAGAAGCCACAAUAGCACAUGCUGUUUAUCUGGACAUUGAAGGCAGAACAGAGGAGGCUAUUUCAACCUUGGAAAGCAUCAAUAACCUUUCAUCUGCCUGGCAUUUGGCACAGAUCUACCAGCGACUUUCAGAAGAGGCCACCAAUGGUGUGGAGGAGACCCAAGACAGAUGCAUAACUUUUUUGAGAAAGUUCAGGAUGUAUUUGUUGAAGAUCUACAACGGAAAUGCAGAUGACAUUGAUAGGCUUCCUGUGUCCAUGGAGGAGGUGGUGGACCUCCUAAACGAUGUAAACCAGCAGCUCGGCGAGACUGUGGAGGACAUGGAGGAAGAGGACAAGAAGGAGAUGAUGUGUCAAAGAGGACCAGUUCACUCCAGCCCUGCUCAUCCCACAGAAACCAGUGCAGCCAUCUCACACAUCAAGUUUUCAUCUCCCUCUCCAAACAAAAGCAUUCUUUCUCCCUCCAAACGACUGAUUUCACCCAAGACACCACCUCAUUGGGUUGAGGACCACAAAAGUCUCCUUCAGAUGCUGUGUCAGCAAGUCGAAGCCCUCAAGAACGAGGUUCAUGAUCUGAAACACAACGCCUCAGUGAAUGCAGGCUCUCCACAUAAGGUCUACAGUGAUGGCUACAGGGCAGAAGGCCUGAAUGAGCCUUUUACUCCUGUACAGUCCUACCACGGAGCGCCCCUGACAGUUGCCACCUCAGGAUCCUCUCUGUAUUACAACCAGUCUCCAGCUUAUAACUCUCAGUAUCUUUUGCGCACAGCAGCAAAUGUGACUCCAACCAAGGGCCCAAUGUAUGGUGUGAACCGUAUGCCCCCACAGCAGCAUAUGUAUGCCUACCAGCAGCCCACUCAUACACCUUCCCUCCAGACAGCCCCAACGUGCAUCUACCCUCCGCAGGAACAAGUAUUUGGUGCCCCUCUCCGGUUUGAAUCACCAGCCACAAACCUUCUCUCCCCAUAUGGUGAAGAAUACUAUAGCCAAGGUGUGACCCAUCAAUCCACCAAUCCUUCUCUACCUGAACCCGGCUACUUCACCAAGCCAUCUGUAGUCCCUGUUCAACCACCAAAGAGUGUUGAGGGGAAGCCUGUGGACUUCGGGAAACUUGCCUUCAACCAAAAUGCUCCUGCUGAAGUCCCCAGAGUGCCAAACUUUGGUACGGGAGCAGUUGCCCAGUCAGCACCCUCAACUGCUUUCAAAUUCAAUUCCAACUUUAAAUCUAAUGAUGGAGAUUUCACUUUCUCAUCUUCUCAAGCCAAGCACAGUGAAAGUUUGCUUGGUCUCCUCACAUCGGACAUUCCUACGAAAACGGAUGCUGAUCCAGAAAAGUCUCCAGCCCAGGAGCAGCCCUCCAGCCAAACAGGAAUCUUCACCUUUGGAAAUAAAAACGUGGCCGGCUUCUCAUUUGUUGAUCCUACACAGAAAGCUGGAAGUCUUUUUGGGAAAGCGGAGCAGCCAUUUAAGUUUAUUGAAGUUACCAAGUCAGUUUUUGUUGCUGCCAAGACAACAGAGCUGGAAAAAGCAAUAGAGAGCGACAAUGAUAGUGCUCAUGCUGAAGAAGAUGAGGAUGGUCCCCAUUUUGAGCCAAUUGUUCCUUUGCCUGAUAAGGUAGAUGUAAAAACAGGUGAAGAAGAGGAAGAGGAAAUGUUUUGCAACAGGGCGAAAUUGUAUCGUUUUGACACGGAGACAAAAGAGUGGAAAGAACGAGGCAUAGGCAAUGUUAAAAUCCUAAAACACAGCACAAAAGGAAAGGUCCGCCUCUUGAUGAGAAGAGAGCAAGUUCUUAAGAUCUGUGCAAACCACUACAUCACUGCUGACAUGCUGCUGAAACCAAACGCUGGUUCUGACAAAUCCUGGGUGUGGAACGCCAUCGAUUAUGCAGAUGAAGAGCCAAAACCGGAACAACUGGCCAUUCGCUUCAAAACGGUAGAUGAGGCAGCCCUCUUCAAAGCUAAGUUUGAGGAAGCUCAGAAAGUUUUACUCAAACCAGCAGAAAAGAAAACUCAGCAGAAGAAAAAAGAGGGAAAUUUAAAAGACUCGCUGGCAGCUCGGUUUGCACUUAAAGAAGGGGAUUGGGAGUGUCCUGUGUGCUGUGUGAGAAAUAAGCCAACAGAUGUGCGGUGUUUGGCGUGCCAACAUGCCAAUCCACAAUCAUCAUCAAAACCAGAAAUGCAGCCUUCUGGGGAAACCAAAGGGACUCAAUUUACUUUCAAAUUUGGUACUGAUGCAUCAAAUCCCAGCAGCUCAGGUUCCACAUUCUCUGGAUUUGGUGCUUUUGGAGCUUCUAUACCAUCCUCUUUUACAUUUGGCACCAGCUCCUCAAAGUCUGCCAACACAAAAGCCAGUGCAUUUACCUUUGGAUUUGGGUCACAAUGGGACUGUAAGAAGUGCUCCACAAAGAACGAGGCCUCUGUAGAGAGCUGUAUUUCUUGUAAGGCUCCUAAAAUUGUAGCUCCAACAUCUGUGAUGGUCCAAACCACACCUGCUGUUGAUGCAGAUGUGAAAGACUCUGGUUUUGCACAGUUUAGUAAGGAGUCUGGACAAUGGGACUGUAACAAGUGUUCUUCAAAGAAUGAGGUCUCUGCAGAGUGCUGCGUUUCUUGUAAGGCUCCUAAAACUGCAGCUCUGCACAUGCUGUCACAUGCCAUCACAUCUGUGAUGGCGCAAACAACACCUGCUGCAGAUGCACCUGCUGCACAGCCCUCUGUGGCUGUCUCAGACUCUGGAUUUGCACAGUUUAGUAAGAAGUCUGGACAAUGGGACUGUGCUGUGUGUGAAGUGCGAAAUGAAGCAUCAGCUGACAAAUGCGCUGCUUGUCAAAGUCCAAACCCUGCUGCAACAUCAGCACUUGGGUCUGAUUUUGCUAAGAAAAACGGGCAGUGGCAUUGCAAUGCCUGUCUGGUCAGAAAUGAAGCGUCAGCAACCGAAUGUGUUUCUUGUCGUACUCCACAUGAAAAUCCUUCCCUAGCGACCAUCUUUGCCAGGAAGGAAGGAGAAUGGGAUUGUGACACUUGUCUUGUGAGAAAUGAUGCCUCUACCAGUAAGUGUCAGGCCUGUCAGGCUCCAAACCCUAAUGCUAAAAGUCCAAGUAGCUCUGCUCCAGCAGCCUCUAACUUCAGUUUUACCUUUGGAAACAAGAGCUCAUCAAGCCAACCUGCUGAAACUGCUUUCACGAUGCCUUUUGGAAGUGGCAACACUUUUCAGUUUGGUCAAAAUAAAGACAAAAACUCUGCUACUUCAUUUAAGUUCAAAGCCCCUCAGUCUGUACCUACUACCACAAGUUCUACAGGCUUCUCUUUCUCCAUGCCUGCUUCAGCUGGUGGCUUCAAGUUUGGCAUUCAGGAUUCUGCAAAAGUUUCAGCCUCAUCUGAUAAUCAAACAGGGUCGGCUUCCAGUGUCCUUAAAAGCAUUGCUGACAAGCACAAGGAAAAAGAAAAUGUGUCCACACCCUCUGUGACCCAAUCAGAAGAUGAUCAGAAUCCGUUAAUUUGUGGGAAAGCAAACGCUUUCAGUUUUGCAGACUUGGCUAAAUCUUCUGGAGGAAACUUUCAGUUUAGUCAGAAAGAUCCGGAUUUCAAAGGCUUUUCUGGAGCCGGGAACCAGGUUUUUUCAUCAUUCCAGACAAGCCCCACCAAAGCAGAAACCUCAACUGAGCAGGAAGAUGAUGGCAUGUACAAAACAGAGGAACAUGAUGAUAUCCAGUUUGAGCCAGUUGUCCAGAUGCCUGAGAAAGUGGACCUGGUAACGGGUGAGGAAGAUGAGCAGGUUCUGUACUCUCAGCGUGUCAAAUUGUUCCGAUUUGACCCUGCCAUCAGUCAGUGGAAAGAACGUGGUGUGGGAACCCUCAAGUUAUUAAAAAACAAUUCCAAUGGUCGGCUAAGGGUGCUAAUGAGAAGAGAACAAGUUCUGAAGGUGUGUGCAAACCACUGGAUCACCACCACCAUGAAUCUUAAGCCACUGGCCGGGUCAGACAAAGCAUGGAUUUGGAUGGCCAAUGACUUCUCUGAUGGAGAUGCUAAGCUUGAGCAGCUGGCUGUUAAAUUUAAGACCACAGAGCUUGCUGAAGAUUUUAAGCAUAAGUUUGAAGAAUGUCAGAGGCUUCUCUUAGACAUACCCCUGCAAACCCCCCACAAGCUGGUCGACACCGGCAGAACAGCACAUCUGAUCAAGAAAGCAGAGGAAAUGAAGUCCGGUUUGAAAGACCUGAAAUUCUUUUUGACCGAUGAGAAGACAAAGAUAAAAGAUGACGACAUCCAGGAAGAUGCCACUGCCCCAGGGGAAGUUUCAAGUCUCGUAAUCAAACCUCGUGGGGAUCUCACCGGCCCAACCUUGGAGUGGGAUAACUACGACCUAAGAGAAGAAGCUUUAGACAAUACUGCCGACUCAUUUGCCUAUGCGUCCCCCAUUGCCAGCAGCCCUCUGAGGAAGAACCUUUUCCGGUUUGGGGAAUCCACCAGUGGGUUCAGCUUUAGUUUCCAGCCUGGAAUUAGCCCCUCUAAGUCUCCGGCAAAGCUUAAUCAGAGCAGAGCCUCGGUGGGCACAGAUGAGGAGCAAGAUGUGACCCAGGAUGAAGAACGGGAUGGCCAGUAUUUUGAACCUGUGGUUCCUUUGCCCGAUUUAGUAGAGCUCUCAACAGGAGAGGAAAACGAGCAGGUGGUCUUCAGCUACAGAGCCAAACUGUACCGCUAUGACAAAGAAGCGAAACACUGGAAAGAGAGAGGCAUUGGAGACCUGAAGAUCCUACAGAAUUACGAUACCAAGCGAGUCAGGCUGAUAAUGAGGAGAGACCAAGUACUCAAGAUCUGUGCCAACCACAGGAUCACAACCGUGAUGAGGCUGGAGCCCAUGAAGGGGGCUGAGAAGGCCUGGGUCUGGAGUGCUUUGGACUUUGCUGAGGAAGGAGGAGGUAAAAUGGAGCAGCUGGCUGUAAGAUUCAAGCUCCAGGAAACUGCUAAUUCAUUUAAACAGGUCUUUGAGGAGGCCAAAGUGGCACAAGACAAAGGAGAACUCCUGACUCCUGUGACAAUACGAGUUGCAGCACCACAGGAUAGUGGAGCAGCAGCAUCCGAAAGCACAGCUGUGGCCGUUUGUGGGAAGGCAGCCAUCGCUCUUUUAGAAGAGACAACGCGGGAAUGCACAGAACCUCCUCUGGACAAGAUGAGUGCAGCUGGAUCUCAGAGUCCAGUCAAUCCCACGAAGACUGUGGUGUCUCCCCCUAAGUUUGUGUUUGGCACUGAUAGCCUUCAGAAGAUCUUUGGCACUCAUAAAACUCUACCAGAAACUCAGGCAUCCACAUCUGGUUUGAAGACGACAGAGUCUGGAAGUCCAGUGACGCUGGCGACUGCUGCUCCUGCAUUCAGCAUGCACACAGGGCUGGAUUUUAGGCUUUUCAAAGAUAACCCAAUGGCUUUUUGGACCAGCACAUCCACCAUCCAAUUUGAAACCCCAGCACCCCCCCAGGCAGGAGGAGGCCCCUCGGGCUCAGAUGAGGACUCAGAUGUUGAGGUUGUAUACGUCAAGGAGCCCACAACUGAACAGGCAGCGUUAGCCAGGGAACUCAGGCUGCCGUUCACAUUCUUCUGCUACAAAAAUGAGCCUGGCUACGUCAGCGAUGACGAAACCGACGAUGAGGACUUUGAGUCAGCAGUUAAAGCCUUGAAUGGAAAGCUCUACCUAGAUCCUCCUGAGGCAGCAGCUUGUCAUGAAGAGCCAGACUGUCAGAUUGUGUGGGAGAAGAAACCAACACCAGAGGAGGAGGAGAAGGCCAAAAGCCUCCAGCUCCCACCCACAUUCUUCUGCGGCCUGAGCACCACAGAUAGUGACCCAGACAGCGACAAGCCUGAAGACUUUGAGACAGAAGUCCACAAAGCACACAAAGACCUGGUGGCCCAGUUAAAGGGAGCUGAGCCGGCAUCCAGCAGUUCUGUAGAGGCCCCAGAGAACCCAGCCUCAGCACCACCAUCCAACAGUGCAGAGGCUUCAAGCAUGUCGACAUCCGAUGGUCUAACUUCAGUCAAAACAGACACUAGGAGCGAAACGCCCAGCUGCAGCUUCCCGAUUGACCUGUCCACUAAGAAGAACCCAGAGACUAAAACAGGACCUGAUUCUUCAGCUUUAGCUGUCACAACUACUGGUCAAGGUACAGAAGACUCUUUUGGUUUCAACUCCCUUGGAGGGUUUUCUUUUGCCGACUUGGCCAAGAAUACUGAAGGGUUUGCGUUUGGAACAAAAGAUUCUGGUUUCUCGUGGGCAAAUGCUGGAGCGAUGGUGUUUGGGUCCAAUAUGUCCUCCGAGGCUAAAAGCAAUGUUGAUGAGGAUGGAAGUGAUGAAGAAGAGGCUCCUAAAAAUGUGGACAUUCACUUUGAGCCUAUAGUAUCCCUGCCUGAGGUGGAGACUAAGUCUGGAGAGGAAGAUGAGGAAAUCCUGUUUAAAGAGCGCACCAAGCUUUUCCGAUGGGACCGGGACCUCGGUCAGUGGAAGGAGCGUGGCAUCGGCGACGUCAAGAUCCUCUUCCACCCAACCAAACACUUUUAUCGAAUCCUGAUGAGAAGAGAGCAGGUGCUGAGGGUUUGUGCCAACCACACCAUCUCACAGACGAUGGAGCUCAAACCCAUGAACACCUCAGCUAACGCGCUGGUCUGGACCGCUACCGACUACUCAGACGGUGAUGGUGUCGUAGAGCAGCUGGCAGCUAAGUUCAAAACCCCAGAAAUAGCCGAGUCCUUCCGUAAAACUUUCUGCGAAUGUCAGAACCGGAUGGGCCAAAUCGGUGAGGAUGCUUCGAUUACCUGGCAACAGAUGUCCAGAGUCCAAGAGCACUCCAGAAAGACCAAUCCUCAGGUGUUCCUCAAAGUGUCUGCUGACAAUGUGCCGCUGGGCACCAUCACUAUAGAGCUUUUCUCUCAUAUUGUUCCGAAGACGGCAGAAAACUUUAGGGUUCUUUGCGUCGGAGAGAAAGGCUUUGGGCUACGGGACUCCAUCUUCCACAGGGUCAUACCAGAUUUCAUGUGUCAGGGUGGUGACAUCACCAAAAGCGAUGGCACAGGCGGUAGGUCCAUCUAUGGUGGCGCAUUCGAAGAUGAAAACUUUGAUGUAAGGCACACGGGCCCAGGCAUUCUGUCCAUGGCCAAUCGUGGACGUGACACCAACAACUCUCAGUUCUUUAUAACCUUGAAGAAAGCCGAACAUCUGGACUUCAAACACGUAGCCUUUGGCUGGGUUCGGGACGGUAUGGAUGUGGUGCAGCAGAUGGGAGAGCUGGGCACAAAGGGAGGCAUUCCCUCGAAGAAACUGGUCAUUACAGACUGUGGACAGUUGUAACAUUUUGGUUUAAGAUCAGUUAAAGCCCAACAGGUUUCUGGUAACUGUUUCCUGUACAGUGUGCAUCCUUCUGCUAAAACACGUUUUCAGUGGUGUGGAACAUCAAAAGUAAUUUGCCUUCCUCACAAAGGAAACGUGGCAAAGGAAUCAGUGGGAGGAAGCUUUCAGAGCACAUGUGUACCUUUAGCUCUUCAUUUGUAUCUUAAUCAUCUGACAGUGUGUGUGUGUACAUAAUGUUUUUGUUCUGUUGUGGUUGCUUGUAUUCGGUUUGAGUCUGCUGGUUCGCAUUUAUUUUUUAUUAGUCUUAAAUAGAAAUAAAGGUAAGCUUGUGAAUAAAUCUACCUGAUUGUUACCUAUACAUUCACAUGAAAGUCCAGUAGAAUUUCUGUUUUACGAUGGUUUCAUUCGAAGAUAAAUUGGUUUUCGUACCAAAUAAGGAAUAAAGUUUCAUUACUGGUCA